GAACUCAAUGUGUUCACCGUCCUCGAACGGGCAGCGUCGGUGGCUUCUUUGCUCGGCUGCGUCGUCAUCAUCGUGACGUUUAGCUUUUCGAAAAGUUUCCACAAGCCUAUCAAUCGCCUAGUUUUCUAUGCCUCAUUAGGCAAUGCAAUGACCAAUGUCGCAACCCUCAUGGCCAGGACGUAUGUGGGUGACUCAGGCUCGGCAGGCUGCCAAUUGCAAGGUUUCCUGAUCCAGAUGUUCAUGCCUGCAGAUGCCUUCUGGACAUUGGCCAUGGCCGUGAAUGUCUAUUUGACGUUCUACCGCAAGUACGAUGCCCAGAAAUUGCGGAGGAUGGAGAUACCAUAUCUCCUUUCUUGUUAUGGGCUGCCAUUCAUUAUAGCCAUAACAUACAUCUUUGUUCAGACCCCCAGCAAGGGCCGGAUGUACGGCAACGCCACGAUCUGGUGUUGGAUUCAGCAGUCAUGGGAUGUUUGGCGAAUCGCCACCUUCUAUGGACCUGUGUGGGUGGCUAUCGUCGCAACCUUUUUCAUCUACAUCCGUGCUGGACGUGAGAUCUACCGCAAGCACCAACAGCUCAAGGAUCUAAACUACACAUCACACUACGAGCCCGAGCCUCUGCCGAUGAACGAGGUGGCCAACAGCAAGACGACCGAAGUCUCUGUGACCGUGACCAGCGCUGGGGAGGCUAUCGACCUCGCACCGCUCGGUAUCAACAUGAACAAGCACGACUCGAUCUCCGGACAUUCCCUUGGCGACCCGUCUCCGUACUCCGUCUCCAUCAGCGCCAAGCCUCAGCCCGCGGCCGAGUCUAGCACGGCGGCGGCAGCAGCUAACACCAGCAGGGUGAGCACGUACGGCGCACAGCAGGGACAGGGGCAGGGCUUCCAGAUGCCAGGGCUGCCGAAGCUGCCCUCACGGCGCAAGAUCACGCUAGAUGCGCACAACGCCGCGUGGAGCUACACCAAGGUGGCGCUGCUCUUCUUCACGGCGAUGCUGGUGACGUGGAUCCCCUCGUCCUUGAACCGGCUGUUCAGUCUGGCGGAGGCGGGCCAGAUCAACCUGCCGCUCGAGUACAUGUCCGCAUUCGUGCUCCCUCUGCAGGGCUUCUGGAACGCCGUCAUCUACGUCAUCACAAGUUGGAAGGCGUGCAAGUCCUUCCCCGACGACGUG